ACCCUGAGAAGGAGUAUGAUAAAAACUUUUUUUUCUUGCUAAACACAAGUAAGAUAUUUUUGAGCAAUCCAUUAUUUUAGCACAAUUCUAGUAAAUGCCUCUAUCAAUGCUUUAGCCGAUUCAAGUGUGAUAGGUUUGGCCAAAUUUGCAGGCGUUGUUCAAUGAGGUGUUCAUUUCCUGUUCAUACAUAUAAUAAAAAACGCUUCCUGUCCGAGCAUCACUAUAGAAGAACUGGCAAUAGCACCCAGAAAAAGUGGACGACUCCUUGUGCAUCUAAACGAGAGACUUGGAGCUGGCAGAUUCCUCUGGAACUCAGCAGGAAGAUGGCUGUCCUGUGCUGGGUGGUUCUGGUUCUGGCCGUCUUCCUGUCUCCUCAAUGCAGUCUAGCCGCUGUAGACGAGGCCUGGCUAACCGACAUUAUACAAAAUCUCAAAAAUGAGUAUGAAUUGGGUGACAGCUACAGUCUGGUUGUCAACAUCCCUGUGAACCUAGACUUAAGCAGUCUUGCAGAAGUUCUUAAGGAUGACCCUGCAGAUGCAGUGAAACAAGCUAUUUCAACGGGUCAAGGGUACCAAGGCACGAGGGUUGUUGCAGCUGCCCAGUCUGGAGCGCUGGCCCAUGUUCUAGAGAAAAUACAGCCCCUCAUAAAAUGCAGUGAUGGUAACGUCCUCAUCGUCUACUCUGAAGGCUACCCUGAUGCACAUGGCAUUGACAACAAGAUCAGUAAAAUUGUUCAGAACUGGAAGAGUUAUGCUUUUGUGUUUUCUAAAGUAGCUGAUGUUGCUGAUGCUGACACGCUUGAGAGGGCUGCAAUGUUCAAAGAGCAAGAGGUUUCAAAGUUUGGGCUUGAAAACAUAUUCCGUUGUUAUGAGCAAAGCGAUUCUUUUCAGUGCACAAACUGCAAAGCAGGCGAUAAUGUUGCACCAUCCUGCGUUGCAGAUACAAUGGAAUCAGAUGUCAACGAAGAGACAGCAGUAGGUGCCACAGAGCCGCCUGCAGGAAGUGAUGAAAGCACAAUUUCAGGUUUAAAUAACGAGUCUGACAUAGGCACAAUCACUGACACUAACCAAGAUUAUGAGGGUGGAGGGAUGAUUGAUGUCAUGGGUGGACAGGAACCAAGAAAGGGCAAAACGAGGCAAAAGGGGAAGAAAGGUGAAGAGGUGAAAGAAGGAGGUAAACGUGGAAAAGGAGCAAAAUACCUGCAACAUUUCUUGAGGAAGACUGCUGAACCCGAUGGCAGGGUCGCUAAGGUCAUCCAUCAGCAGGGUGGCGAUGAGGUUCUUUUCCGUUGUCGUUGGAGCAAUGAUCCAGGAGGGUUCCUCAAAGACAACAGGACAGGAGAACAGGGUUCGUUCUCACACAAACCUGACCGAAGGGCAUCGCUAACCCCUUACCCGUCGGCAGGCUUUGUUCUCACACAAACCCCGCCGAAGGGCAACGCUAACCCCUUACCCGUCGGCAGGGCUUCGUUCUCACACAAACCCCGCCGAAGGGCAUCGCUAACCCCUUACCCGUCGGCAGGGUUCGUUCUCACACAAACCCCGCCGAAGGGCAUCGCUAACCCGUUACCCGUCGGCAGGGAUUCGUUCUCACACAAACCCGACCGAAGGGCAUCGCUAACCCCUUACCCGUCGGCAGGCUUCGUUCUCACACAAACCCCGCCGAAGGGCAUCGCUAACCCGUUACCCGUCGGCAGGGAUUUGUUCUCACACAAACCCGACCGAAGGGCAUCGCUAACCCCUUACCCGUCGGCAGGCUUCGUUCUCACACAAACCCCGCCGAAGGGCAUCGCUAACCCGUUACCCGUCGGCAGGGGUUCGUUCUCACACAAACCCGACCGAAGGGCAUCGCUAACCCCUUACCCGUCGGCAGGCUUCGUUCUCACACAAACCCCGCCGAAGGGCAUCGCUAACCCGUUACCCGUCGGCAGGGGUUCGUUCUCACACAAACCCGACCGAAGGGCAUCGCUAACCCCUUACCCGUCGGCAGGCUUCGUUCUCACACAAACCCCGCCGAAGGGCAUCGCUAACCCGUUACCCGUCGGCAGGGCUUCGUUCUCACACAAACCCGACCGAAGGGCAACACUGACCCCUUACCCGUCGGCAGGCUUUGUUCUCACACAAACCCCGCCGAAGGGCAUCGCUAACCCCUUACCCGUCGGCAGGAUUCGUUCUCACACAAACCCCGCCGAAGGGCAUCGCUAA